AAGAAGUUCACUCACUGCAAGCUGCACCAGCCAUGGCGAACCUUGAUGUAACAGUUCGGUAUUCAGGCAUUGACUUUCCGGGGCACCUGCACACGCUGAAAUCUUUAGAAUCCGCCCAGAAGUUCAAGUUUCAUGACACCGACGCACUGAUCGUUACUUAUCCCAAAUCAGGCACCACAUGGAUGCAGGAGAUUCUCACGAUUAUUUACAAUGAUGGGAACCCACAGCUUGCUAACACAACCCCAAACUGGCUUCGGACGCCCUGGAUUGAACAUUAUUACUGUGAGAAUGUUGUGACGAACAUGCUGCAUCAACGAAUCCUCACCACGCACCUUCCCUAUCACUUCCUCGCCAAGUCUCUCAAACAGACCAAUGCAAAGGUUAUUUAUGUCGCAAGAAAUCCAAAGGACAUCAUUGUUUCAUUUUAUCAUUUUCACAAAAUGGCAAACUUCCUACCCGAGCCGGGAACCUUUGGGGAAUUUCUGGAGAAAUUUGUAACUGGAGAAGUGAAUUAUGGAUCAUGGUUCGAACAUAUCAAAGAAUGGAUGAAUCACGGGGAUGAACUCAACUUCCUAUUUAUCACUUAUGAGGAGCUCAUAAAGGAUCUGAGAAAUUCUGUCAUAAAAUUAUGCAAUUUCCUGGAGCAUCCUCUAUCACCUGAAGCUACAGACACAAUUGUACGGCACUGCACUUUUGCAAAUAUGAAAGAAAACAAGAUGAUCAACUACACACUCGUUCCCAAUGAAAUUAUGGAUCAAGAAAGAGGAAAAUUCAUGAGGAAAGGAGUGGUCGGAGACUGGAAGGAACAUUUCACAGAAGAACAGAAGCAAGCAUUUGAAAAAAUAUACCAGGAGAAAUUGAGUGAUUCCAACAUUAUGCAUGCCUGGACUUUAUAGUGCUUGCCUUCAAGAACGCACAAAGACACCACGAAUAUGUUCCAGAGUAAACUACUUAGCCCCUCAAGCAUGCCGUAACAUUCUAUGUGAUUACGGCUGAUCCACCCAGCCCCAUGCCAAUCUUACCCUCCGGUGCAGUCUAUGUGGUGUAUUUAACCUUCUCCCCGUGACUGUGGGGAUAACCUCCAAGUCUUCAGUGUCCUCUCAAAUCAGACAUGCAUGCUGGAAAGUUAAUUGGUCAUUGCAAAUUGCAACUAAUAUGUAGGUGGGUGUCAGAGACAAGGGGUGUUGAAAGGAAGGUGGGGAUAAUGAAAAAGGAUUGAUAUAGAUGGAUAAUGUAAUGUAAAAGGGAAGUUGAUGCCCAAAGACUCAGUGGGCCAAAGGACCUCUCUUUGACCAAGAUGUGAGCCACAUUCAAUCAUGCCUUAAUAAAUCAAGUAGCAUUCAUGUACAAGAUUCAAGAAUAAUGGCAAUGAAUACAUGUUGCAGCUAAACAAAGUGUUGGUUAGGACACACUUGGUGCAUCGUGUGCAGUUCUAGUCACCACAACAUAGGAAGGAUAUGAUUAAACUAGAGAGAGAAAAGAUUAGCAAGAAUAUUGCCUGGAUUGGAGAGCUCGAGUUAUCCAAAGAGAUUAGAUUAGCCAGCUCUGUUUCCCUGGAGCAAAGACAGAGAGGUGACAUAUUAGAAGUACAUAACAUUAUGAAGCAUGAAUAGGGUGAAUGGACAGUAUGAUAGGAAAAGUCCAAAACUAGAGGGCAGAGAGAGAAGAUGUUUAAAGAGGUCUGAGCGAUGUAUCUUUCAUGAAAAGAGUAAUUGGUAUCUAGAAUUGGUAGCCAGAAGUGGUGAUGGAGGCAGUAAGAUUAACAUUUAAGAGACACCUUACCGGGUAUUUGAAUGAGCAGGCUGUGGAGGGAUAUUAAAUAUGAAUGCAAGCAAAUGGAGUUAAUAUAGAUAGUUAGAUACAGCACCAGAGCCCCUGGUUCGAUCCUGACUACAGGUGCUUGUCUGUACAGAGCUUGAACGUUCUCUCCGUGACCUGCGUAGGUUUUUCCGAAAUCUUCGGUUUACUCCCACACUCCGAAGACAGUAGGCUAAUUGGCUUGGUAUAAAUGUAAAUGUAAAAUUAUCCCUAGCAUGUGUAUGGUCAUGUAAGUGUGUGGGGAUUGCUGGUCGGUGCGGACUCAAUGGGCCGAAGGGCCUACCGCCCUGUACCUCUAAACUAAAUUAAACUUGCAAAAUGCCCCUCUAAACUGCAUGCAGUCUGAUAUGAAAAUCUACCAGCUUAUGUCCGUCAUCACCAAGUCAAAACCUUGGAAAUUCCAAACUAAUAGCACUCUGGGAGUUCCUUCUCCACUAAUGAUGGCAACAGAACGGAGUUCAACAUUCCACUGGAAAUUUUGAUAUGGGUAUUGAAUCCAGGAAUUGAAGUUAAUUAAGCUAUUCUAUCUACUAUCUAAAAAAACUUUGUAUUUUUUUUACCAAGAUUGUGAAAAAAAUGUUUAAUCCAAGUUACAAAGUUAUCAAGACCAUGUAUAUGGAUAACCACUGACAUUGUAGAAUAUUGCAAAUCAGAAUCAAUUCAAGAGCAAGCAGCAACCUACUGUAUAAUUCUAUAGAUUUGAUAAUCAUCUACAUCAGCAAAAAAAUAUUGCUUAACUAAUUUUAAAAUGAUUGCAAUAAAGUGAUUUUGCAGGAC